GCUUCUCUACUCACUAAACCAUCUCUAGUUUUCUCUCAAAUAUAAACUACUGCACCAUUUUUUUCCUUUCUAUGCAAAAAUUUUGCCCUUUUGUCUUUCUCGAAUUCGCCGUCUUCCAUGCAGCAGCAGCAGCACCACCACAUAAGCCGGCGCCACCGGGAAAACGGCGGCGCCUCCCUCAUAGAUAGGCUGCUCAGCCCUAUGUUUUCAUUAGGGUUUUCCGCCAACCCUCCGGAUCAGAUAAUUCUAGGGUUUCAGAGUAGUAACAUCCACGACCGCGAAGAAGAGGAAGAGGAAGAGGAGGAGGAAGAAGAAGAAGAAGCAACCUACAAAAGCUUCAAGAAAAAUGGAGAAAACCCUAAUUCGAGCUGCAAAAAGAGGGAAAAUCGGGGCACCAAAUUUUGUGCUAGAGGUCACUGGAAACCCUCAGAGGAUGAAAAGCUCAAAGACCUCGUCUCCGCCUACGGCCCCCAAAAUUGGAACCUCAUAGCAGAAAGACUUGAAGGAAGAUCAGGAAAGAGCUGCAGAUUGAGAUGGUAUAAUCAACUAGACCCUAAGAUCAACAAGAAGGCGUUCACAGAGGAUGAGGAGGAGAGAUUAAUGGAGGCUCAUAGAAUCUAUGGGAACAAAUGGGCUCUGAUUUCCCGCCUUUUUCCGGGUCGAACCGACAACUCGGUGAAGAACCAUUGGCAUGUGUUGAUGGCGAGGAGGAGCAGAGAGAAAUCCAAAUCUUACAUGAAGAUGAAAUGGGCUUGCUCCAAGCCUCCACCUCUUGAUCACACAAAAAUCCCCAAUUACUACUAUGCAUCUCACUCCGGUUAUGAACACUUCAUUAAUCAUGCAGGGAAUUCACACUCACCGGGAUCAACGUCGCAGAGAUCCUUUACUGCUCCAAUAUCGUCGUCGACGUCGGCCGCCGAUCAUUACCAAGAUGCUCCAUGUUAUGUUGAGAGUGUGGAAGCGCCUACAUUUAUAGAUUUUCUUGGAGUUGGAUCUAUAUGAUAUAUGAGCAAGUCACAAGAGAUUUCCAGUUAAUUAAAUUGGUGCUUCUCUAAAUGAAAUCGAAUAUUGCGAAUCUUCUUUUCUUUUUGUUUUUAGUUUCAUUAAUUUCUUUUAGCAUGUAUUUUGCUGCUGCUCCUAUUAGCUAGCUUGAAGUCUUUAAUAUGAUCAUCAAAUUGUGAAAAUCUCUACAUGCCCCCCCAGUCGGAAUAAAGAAUAGCACUGUUAGUUAUUA